AAGUCGACGAUCUUUUCGAUCCUCCAAUAGACGCAAAUUCUAUCAGUCUCAUCAUCUGUACCUGCCACCAAUCGAUCAUUUGUUAUUUUGUUCUAAUCGGAUGAAGAUUUUGGCCGCAUUUUAGCGAAAUAAUUAUUUUGAAAAGUGUUUCAUGUUUGGAAUGGUUGUUGGGUCCUUGUCGAAUUUCAUUUUAUUGUAGGAUAGAAUUUCUUACGUUUGGUAUUGCAGAUGUUACUAGGGCUCUAGCUUCAUCUGAUUUGUAGCUAUACUGGCGUGAAGAUGUCAGUUGAAGAUCUUUGAUAUAAUAUAUCCUUUGUCUAUAACGAUUUCUGAAAUAAAUAUUUGAGAGAAAUGCAGUUGAUACGGAAAGAUCUCAUCUGAUUCUAGUCGCUGAUUACUAGAAUUCUAUUUACAGGACAUGAUUUGAAUGUCUUCGAAGAUUUCUUCGGUUUGAUCCAUUAAAAAGGGAAUCUCCUAGAUCUUGCCUCAGGGGUAAGAAUAAGGAGAAGAUCACCCUACUGGGCCUUCGAUUUUAUCCUACUCUUCUCGGUCGUGGUUCUCUUGAGUUUCUACCGCUAGUCUUUUCGGUCGUGAUUUUAUCAUACUCUUUUCGAUCGUUAGUCUUACACCAGACACAGAAGGACGAGCGAUUUUGCAGUUUGAGCCAUUUAUGGGAUUUGAUCGCCGACCCGAAAUAGGGCAACUCGGCCAUUGCUAAAAUUGCAAUCGGCAAUGGCGUCGUCAUCAAAUUCGCCCUGUGCCGCCUGCAAGUUUCUGAGGCGUAAAUGCACGCAGGAGUGCGUAUUUGCCCCAUAUUUCCCCCCUGACAACCCUCAAAAGUUUGCGAAUGUUCACAAGGUGUUUGGCGCAAGCAACGUUGCGAAGAUCCUCAACGAUCUGAGCACAACCCAGAGAGAGGACGCAGUGAACUCGUUGGCCUACGAGGCGGAGGCCCGGCUCCGGGAUCCGGUCUACGGCUGCGUGGGUCUUAUUUCCGUGCUUCAACACAAGCUGAAACAGGUUCAGAGCGACCUCUACAAUGCUAAGAAAGAGCUCUCCAACUACAUCGGUUCUCCGGCGAUGCUGCCCCUCACACACCAACAUCAUCACCACCUUUACCACCACCAACACCCCUCUUCAUCCAUGGGAGGACCGUUUGGGAUGUCCUCGAUCGGCACGAGCCUACCUCCUGGUCCUUCAGCACAGGCGCAAUUUCUUAUCAGAGAACAGCAGCAGCAGCAGCAGCAGAUGUUCGAGGCGCAGCAAGUGGCUGGAGUUAUGCCUAUGAGAGAGCAGCAAGAACUGAUGAGGAGAUACGAGCAACAACAACAACAGCAACAACACGACCUUGUGAGGUAUAACAGCGGCUUUGACGUUGCUACCGGGGCGGCCGGUGCCGGUUGUGCUGGUAGCAGCUUUACAGAGGUAGCUCCUAACGGGGUUGGUGGUGGAGGUUAUAACCAGAUGAGCGGAGCGAUGCCUUCUUCUCUGGCUUUAGUUUCAUACGACAACCCAUUUCAGGUGCAACAACAACCACAACCAGAAGACUCACAGUCGCAACAAUCGCAUACACCCCAUCUACUGCAGCGGCAACAACAACAGCACAGAGGUGGGAGCGAUGAGUGUCGGAGCGCCAGGCCGUCGUCGAAUUAAAGCUUAGCCUAUCGGUCUUUCUGGUUUCCGAUUGCUGCUUCUCGCUCCGUACAUUGGACAUUGCACGUGUAAAUACGCCCGCCUUACAUUUUGAACUUCUGCGUGAAAAGAAAAUGAGAAGAAA